CGUAAUCGUAUUAUGCCUCCCCGCCGAAUUCAAUCCAAAUCCCAUCAUGGCUGUUUGCAAUGCAAGCGACGUAGUGUCAAGCUCACUGUCGCACCUCUCCCCACACAGUGUGACGAGAAACGGCCGAAAUGCACUCGCUGUUUCAAUCGUCGGUCUGCUUGCCAAUACUCAACACUAUGCCAAUGGACACGAGAAGAUCUGAGUCAUCGUGGAUUGUCAGAUAUUGGUGGGACUCAGUCAACUGCGCAACAUAACUACGUCGUCGCAACUUCACAUCAGCGGCCUCAAGAACGAGGCGACUUCAACACACAGCAUUUACGGCUCCUUCUUCACUGGACGACCACGACGUAUCGAUCUAUCAGCCGAAGUGAGGAUUUAGAGUGGAUAUGGCAACAUACCAUCCCCCGACUCUCCCUUUCCCACCCUUUUUUACUCCAUGGCGUGUUGGCGUUGGCGGCACUUCAUCUCACACUGACCAGCGCCGAGGAAACGGAGCAAGAAGAUCUAAUUCGAGCCGCCGAGUAUCAUCAAAGCGAAGCCAUUACAUUCCUCACUCCAGCUCUGACCAACACGACGUCCUCGACUUGUGACGCCGCGUUUUCAUUAUCGCUGAUAUUAGUCAUUUUCACCUUCGGAUUUCCGCUCGCAGUAGGGCCAACCUAUGGAUCAAAUUCACUGGAUGACAUUUAUCAGGUGCUUAUGUUCACUAAGAGAAUGAUGACCUUUUCCGUCGGGAUCUACGAGAGUGUCAAGAAUGGAGAAGUUGGUGGGCUGGCCGUGUUAGAGGACUCGGGCUUUGAACCCUCCGAUUCUACUCUAUCGACCCUAUCGGCUCUAUGCGAGCUAAACAUGCAAGCACAGCGUGCAGAUGCUGCUCAUGAUUAUGACACCAUUCAAGAAACGAUCCAGCGCCUGGAAGUCCCCUUAGCCAGCUUGAACCAUGGAGAAGGACUGCCAUCUAUUUUUAUGUGGAUAUUCUUAACUCCCACUGCCUUCUUUGACCUGGUAUCGAAGCGAGAUCCUCUGGCUUUGAUUGUCCUUGCUCAUUAUUGUGUUCCACUACACUAUCAUCGAGCCAACUGGUGGCUUUCUUCAUGGGGUUAUCGAGUGCUUGACAUAGUUUAUAACACGUUGGACAGCCAUCUUAGGCCGUCGCUUACAUGGCCGAUAUGCGAGAUCGGGUACAAGGAAAGAGAGGGCUAA